GUCAUGGCAGUUGUCACGGUUCCUUCGAACAAGGGGAGAAUAGGUUUACAAGAAAGCACGGUGCUCUGACUCACUCCAGUAUAUACACGGCGGACUACUCGUGGCUGAGCCUCAGACUACACACCGGGCAGAGAGAGGAAGAACAGACCGGCGACAAAGGGAGAGAGUCGGCGAAGCGGGAAGCUUUGUGUUCCCCGGUUGAAGAAGAAGAAGAAGAAGAAGAGAGGAAACUCAGCCAACGAUGUCUGGGAUGAAAAAAAGAAACUCAAAUUCCUCCGCAGACAGGGAGGAGGACAAGCAGGUCACCCAGAGGAUGCUGGGGGAGAAGGGGGACUCCAGCCAGGAUGGAGCGUUGGGAAACGACGCCAAGGGCCCCGACAAUGCCGUCGGAGGAGAGGGAGGCGAGGACGGGGUUGCCCUGAAGAGGACCAUCACCCUGAUGAACGGCGUGGCCAUCAUCGUGGGCACCAUCAUAGGCUCCGGCAUCUUCGUCACACCGACCGGCGUGGUGAGGGAGACCGGCUCGGUGGGUCUGUCCCUGAUAGUGUGGGCUGUGUGCGGGGUCUUCUCCACGGUGGGAGCCCUCUGCUACGCGGAGCUGGGGACCACCAUCACCAAGUCCGGCGGAGACUAUGCCUACAUCCUGGAGGUGUACGGCUCCCUGCCGGCUUUCCUAAAACUCUGGAUCGAGCUGCUCAUCAUCCGACCGUCCUCACAGUACAUCGUCGCCUACGUUUUCGCCACAUACCUCCUAAAACCUAUAUUCCCCGAGUGCCCGGUGCCGGAGACCGGGGCCAAACUGGUGGCCUGCCUCUGCAUCCUCUUGUUGACCUUUGUGAACUGCUACAGCGUGAAGGCGGCCACCAGAGUACAGGACAUCUUUGCUGCAGCCAAACUUCUUGCACUCGGACUCAUCAUCGUUAUUGGCUUUGUCAAGAUUGGCCAAGGUGACACAGAGGGACUUCUUCCAGAGAAUUCCUUCGAGUCGUCCAAAUAUGAGUUUGGGAGCAUCGGCCUGGCGCUGUACAGCGGUCUGUUUGCCUACGGUGGUUGGAACUACCUGAAUUUUGUUACUGAGGAGAUGAUCGAGCCUUACAAAAACCUUCCCCGAGCUAUCAUCAUCUCUCUGCCCAUAGUGACAGCAGUGUACGUUCUGACCAACCUGGCGUAUUUCACCACACUGUCCCCAGAGCAGAUGCUCAACUCAGAGGCUGUGGCUGUGGAUUUUGGUAACUUCCACCUGGGUCCAAUGGCAUGGAUCAUCCCAGUGUUCGUAGGUCUGUCCUGCUUUGGAUCAGUCAAUGGCUCUCUGUUCACAUCAUCGAGGUUAUUCUUUGUGGGGUCACGGGAAGGUCACCUGCCUAGUCUGCUGUCCAUGAUCCACCCCAGUCUGCUGACACCACUGCCUUCACUUAUAUUCACUUGCGUGAUGACGCUGCUCUACGCCUUCUCCAACGACAUCUUCUCCGUCAUCAACUUCUUCAGUUUCUUUAACUGGCUCUGCAUCGCCAUGGCAAUAGUGGGGAUGAUGUGGCUGCGUUAUAAGAAGCCCGAGUUGGAGCGACCCAUCAAGGUCAACAUCCUGCUGCCUGUGAGUUUUGUGCUGGCCUGCCUCUUCCUCAUCGUCGUCUCCAUCUGGAAAACACCGGUGGAGUGUGCCAUCGGCUUCGGCAUCAUCGCUACCGGAGUGCCCGUCUACUUAAUCGGCGUGCGGUGGAAAAAUAAACCCAAGUGGAUGCUGCAUGGAAUCUUUUCCACCACAGCCUGGUGUCAGAAGGUGAUGGAGGUGGUGCCUCAGGAGUCCUAAAAGGCCUCGUCUCCCAACUUCAGCCAGUCAGAUUGCACCAGCUGUGAUGUCAGACCUCUGGGCUCUGACGUCACAGCUGAUGAAGCUUGACCUCUGUUGACCCCUUUCAACCAUCUCUCGCUCUCUCUCUCUCUCUCUCUCUCUCUCUCUCUCUCUCUCUCUCUCUCUCUCUCACACACACACACACACACACACACACACACACACCCUGUCUGCAGGGUGCUGAUAAGGACCUGAUGAAGGCAGACACAUGCAGGUGUUUGAAGCUACUAUGUCUUUGUGGUCUUCAAACCAAUUUUCUUUUUGUUUCUUAUGUUGCUGACAUUUUUGGGUUGUUAUGUUUAGUGUGGACUAUUUUUAGUCACUAACUAUCCUUCGUAGGCCGUUAUGCAUUGUUGUUUUUUAUGAUGCAUUCCAAUGAAUUUUUAUUUUACUGUCGUUUUUUUUUUUUUUUUAUGAAUAAGUUCCUCUAAAAUAUCCUCCUUCUUGAGAAAUCUGUUGUGUUUAGCAAGUUGUGCCUUAUGUGGCAAAUGAUGAACUGUUGUCCGUGACCUUAGUUGUUGCUGGUGAUGGCGUUCACCUGCUAACAGCUGGAAAAAGAGUCCAAAACAAGCAACUAAAAAACCCCUGAAAGCAUCCGUUUUUAAUCCGCCUGAAACAAAGUUUGGCUUUCGAGUAGAAGUUGAAGUUGUUGCUUAACGAAGUUUAGUGUUCGUAGACUGAAGCUUUUCCUUGGAAAUAUUUGGUCCUGCAGUCAUUACAAUUUUCUUGGACUUUUGGUUAAAAGUCUUGUGUUGUCAGUGUUGUCGCUCACCAUCCUAAAGUCUGAUGGAGGUUCUUGGUCCAGAUCAUACCAUCACAUCCCUAUAAUGACCACGACCAUUCAGGCUCUGUGACUGAGUUUUAUCCCUGCUCGCUGUUGUUUUUUGUGGUUUGUAAAUUGUCUAUGCUGCUGUAGGAAGUGAGAGAAGAUCUUGGUGUAUUGAGAGAUUUUUCUGUUCUGUCAUUUUUCAUCUUGACCACGCUGUUGAUAAAUGUUUUCCCCGUCACAGGUAGGCUCUCUGCAGCUAGAAAAAAUGGUCCACCCCCAUUUGGUGAGCCAGUAUAUUUCACUCCACUGGUUUUUACACUUGAAGUUCAGUCAUCUUGACAUGAGAGGGACCACUCGGCCCGUGAAAUCUGUCCUAAUGUCCUGUGGCUAUGGAGGACCUUUGUUAAGUAUGGGAAAAUAUGAUAUCGCAGUGAUGCGAUCAGGUUUAUCUCAGCUCGGACUGCAGCUUUGUAACACAAAGCCUGUGCUGGAGACCGGCAAUGGUGGCUAUUUACCAGAUAGGGAGGCUGUAGAGAUAUCUUCCACUUUGACCGUUCCUUCUUUUUUUUUUUUUUUUUUUUUUUUUAAAUCUGUCUCUUGCAAGUCUCCCAGCUUCAUGGAAGUGUGUUGCUAAAUCACUGCAGUAUCCACGUGAGCUCACUUAACAUCUGCACAGUUGUCUGAACGUAAUGACAAUGGCUUAUUUCCCCAACCUGAACACUGACUCCUUUAGAGAAAGGAGAAGAAGCAGAAUUGUUUGCAGAGGUAAAAGUUUUCCGUUAAGUAUGGGUUUUUGUUCAGAGCCUACUUGCAUCACUUGUUGCAUCACUAAAGCCUUACAGACUGGUCGUGGUGCUAAAUGUGAGCAUACUAUGUGCAACCUACUGAUCUCAUCUCACGGGAUUUCUGGGUAUUGUAGUUUGAUUGCUAUUAAAAUUGCAUUGUAUUUUCAAAUCAUCAUGUGGUCAGACUGACAGAGGUGCAUGUAGCUGUAUGGGAAGGUUGUGUUAUGACUGUCACUGAAAAAGUGGGUCAAAAUGUGCUAUUUUCCGUUGCCUAUGUUUUUUCUUUUGGGUCGUUGAUCUCAUUCUCAGUUUUGGGAUCAAUAUCUGAGCGUUCUGAGCCCAAGCUCCCAGAGCACCAUUACAACUCCAACACACUGUGUGUAAGAGACGAUGUUUGAGACUACAUGCCGUAAUAAAAAGCCAUGGAGAAGUGUAACACACACACACUGUCAGGUUAGAGCAGAGUGAUAGAAAGGAACCUGAUGUUUUGGUUUUUUGUUUUUUUUGUUUUUUUAGUGUUGUGGAUGUGUGUGUUUUGUGUGUGUAGACACAUGAAUGAAUGAGUGUGUGUGUGCUUGUUGAGGUGGUGGGGGUGGAGGUGUCUAGAUUGGGCGUGUAGUCAGUUUCUUGUGUUAUUUUGUCAGACACAGAUGGACUUAAACUUCUUCUGAACUAACAGGCAGUUGUGACAUUGACAUGUAAACGUUUCACUGUUCAGCACUUAGAUUUUCUGUUAUAUUCUCUGUUACUGUUUGAUAUAUGUAAAUGUGUGUUUGUGCGUUUGGGGGUUCUUGUGUAUUGUGAGUGGAGGUAGUUGGGGGUGAAAGGUCAGAGAGGAUAAGCAGAGAGAGACGACCACAUGUUUCAGUCUAAGGAGAGAAAUUCUCGAGAAAUUCUAGAGGAAAUGGGAAAACUUGUUUUUGUUUUUUUUAUGUUUUUUUUUGUGGGGGAGUGGGUGAUUGAAAUACAGAAGGACAUUUUCAGAAAAACAAUAUGAAGUGCUAGUUUUUAUUUUUCAUCCUCAUGUUUUGUUUUUUCUACACACACACAAAAAAAUGGAUACAAAAAAGUUAGUGUUGUAUUAUUAACAUCGACAUUCCUCCUGCAAUGGACCCAAAGUACCGGACCAUGGCAGGGCUGUUUCCAUAGAGACAAUGUGACCCCCCCCCCCUCAGUAGAGGAAGCAGUGGAAUUGUUGCCAUGGACACAGGAUGCAGGAGGGGUUAAUGUGUAUGUUUUAGAGGUAGAAACUUUUUGUAACACUCCAGCCAUCGCACAGAGCUGAUUGGAAACUAACCUGAAUAGAAAUGUAGAAAGUUUAUUUAUUUAUUUUUAGGAAAUUUUGUUGUUUAUUGUUUAGUUGCUCUAAUUUGUUUACAGGGCAUUUGAAAAGUGCUUUACAAAUAAAUCUUGAGUUUUUUUUCCA